ACACCUAUAUAUGCCGCCGCAGGCCUGUCAGAGGGCACAUAUCACUCGCAGCGCCCUGUCGGUCACAGCACAGCAUUCAGCUGCGCACUGUAACACCUUUUCCAAAUACCCGUCACAGUCAGCGUCAUGUUCCGUCGCGGCGUGCUGGUGCUGGUUCUUCUGGCGGCCGUGGCCGUCACCUGGGCCAGUCCGCAGUGGAGGAGUCACAGCCGCUUCCAGUCGUCACGUCCCAACUAUGGCCGGGCGGCGGUCAACGCGGCCACACAGGCGGCCGGCAGCCGGUACGGCCUGGGCGGCAGCUGGAGUCCCAAGGCGGGAGGCGUGCGCGUCUGGCAGUCCCGCAACGGCCGCGCCGGCCUCGGCCUGGGCAUCAGCAGCGACGGCAGGCGCAACCACGGCGUCGGCCUCGGCUUCAAGCUCAAGUUCUGAGCGGCCACCAGUCGCCAGUCAGGGACGUGAAGACAUCCAGGCUCAGGGAGGGAGAGGUAAACGUGCAUCAACCGUGCGCUCUUGUAAGAAAUUGACGAUCCACGCAUCGGAUGUGAUGUGUUUUGCAUUAUAUUGUUACCACAAUCAUUGAUGUGAUGUAGGCAAGCUGACGACAAUAUACAUACUACAACAGUG